AUGGCAGAUCUGGACCCCAUUGGUUCCGUCCAGCCACCAAGCAUGUCGAUUCAAGCACCAUUGCUGUCUCCACCACUCACCCACACUUCCAGCUUCCACGGCCUCCAUAAUUUUUCGAUACUUGGUAGCGAACCUCUAAACUGGGAACAACCUUCAACUGCUUCAUACUGGUCAGCCCAUAAUCGAGGGGCGUGGAACACGUUGCUUGGGCAUGGACGAAACGAUCCUAUUCCUACUUCUGUAGAGACGAUAAUAAUAGGCGCCGGGGUCAGUGGUGCAGGAAUUGCGCAUUUCCUGCUUCACAACGAAAAUUUCGGUGGUUCCAUUGCAAUGUUCGAGGCUCGCGAGGUGUCAUCAGGGGCUACUGGUCGGAAUGGUGGCUUCGUGAAACCAGUCCCUUUCGAGGCCUAUCCCAGGUACAAGGAGAAAUAUGGCACAGAUCGCGCUCUCCAACUGGUAAAAAGCGAAUAUGACAAUAUGAAACUCACAGAACAACUGGUCGAGCUUGGGGCGAUCGAUGCUCACUUUGUCAUCCGUCCACAUCACGAAAUCUUGACGGACGAAGACACAGUACGCUCUCACAACAGUGCCUACGCCUCCCUCCGACGUGAUCGCCACCUGAAAGGGAUGGAGCAAAUAGAUGGCGUCACUUGGUUUCACGACUCUGAAGAGGCCCGACGAGUAACACAUUCAAAGAACGCUCUGGCAGCGUAUUCAUUUGAUACCGGGACAAUCUGGCCUCAUAGAUUUGUUCAUGGGCUUUUGUCAAACCUCCAAUCUUCGUCCCUGAGCAAUAGAUUCAACCUUUACACACAUACUCCCGUCCUCUGUAUAAGUUGGAUGAAGGACCAAAUUGCAAACUCUCGGUGGCAUGUUCAAACGACAAGAGGCAAUAUUACAGCCCGAAAUGUGAUAUUAGCCACCAAUGGCUACACCCGUCACCUGCUACAAUCCUCCUGCGGAAUGCCUCCCCCGCCCUCAUCUAUUAAUGGUUGGUUACAGGUGCUGUCACGCGCCGUAACUCCCAAAAGAUACCAAAUGGCGGCAUACACAAUCCCCGAAUCUCUCCUCUCCAGCUGGAGGUUCAACUUCACUUUUGGGGUGAGAGGGCCAUUGUCCAAUGGGUCUACCGACAAAGAAGGCGGAUACGGAAUCACAACAUAUGACGGAACGCUUGUCGCUGGAAGCGAAUUGGCCCAGAUUGCUUCAAUCGUUGAAGACGGACCCGACCCUUGGAUGAAUCAGACAGACGAUUCUAUAGUACUUCAACCGUCAACCAAAUUUUAUCAGGACUUUCCUGGUCGGGUUUUCGAGAAUUGGGAGAGCGAAUCUGAAGGCAUCGGUGAAGGCUUAGUGCGUACUUGGACUGGCAUUCAAGGAAGGACCCGCGAUAGUCUUCCGUUCGUUGGCCCUCUACCUGGUAAGGGAAACAAUGGACUUUUCGUCUCGAUAGGCUUCCAUGGCCAUGGAAUGUGUCGGACGCUCAUCGCCGCGCGCGGAUUAGUGCACCAAAUGCUGUCGCCCAACUUAGAGUGGGAUGUGCGGCUGCCGCGACCUUUUGAAGUCACCGAAGAACGACUCCAGUCAUAA